AUGGAUUUCAGUGGAUCUCUGUUGAUAGUCCUAUGGCCUUGGCCAGCAUUAAACACCAAAACCAUCUCAAGUGUGGCUGCGCGGUGCAGCAGAGUCUCCACGAAGACUGGGUCCACCUCACAGGUGCGCCAGAACUACCACCAGAACUGGGAGGCCACCAUCAACUGCCAGAUCCACCUGGAGCUCUGUGCUUCCUAUGUCUACCUGUCCAUGUCUUACUACUGUGACUGUGAUGAUGUGGCUUUGAAGAACUUUUGCCAAAUAUUUUCUUCACCAUCUCAUGAGGAGAGGGAACGUGCUGAGAAAUUGAUGAAGCUGCAGAACCAACGAGGUGGCCGAAUCUUCCUUCGGGAUGUCAAAAAACCAGACCGUGAUGACUGGGAGAAUGGGCUGAAUGCAAUGGAGUGUGCAUUGCACUUGGAAAAAAGCAUGAGUCAGUCACUACUGGACUUGUACAAACUGGCCACUGACAAAAAUGACCCUCAUUUGGCAUGA